GUGGUUGUGCUUAGUGCCUCAGCAGGGACCAGGACGAGAUGCAGAACGACGCUGGGGAGUUCGUGGACCUUUAUGUCCCUCGGAAAUGCUCUGCUAGCAACCGAAUCAUUGGUGCUAAGGAUCAUGCUUCCAUUCAGAUAAACAUUUCCGAGGUGGACAAGGUGACAGGCAGGGUGAAUGGCCAGUUCAAGACUUACGCCAUCUGUGGCCCCAUCCGGAGAAUGGGUGAAUCAGAUGAUUCCAUUUUGCGUCUGGCGAAAAAUGAUGGAAUUGUUUCCAAGAACUUUUAACUGAAGAAACUCCAGUAUGGAACAUGUGAAAUAAACAGUUUAAAACUGUA